CACUGGGUUUUCGCCUCGUGCCCUCAAGGUUUCCAGCCUGUAGGUUGUUUAUCGCGUCGUUUAUCCAAGAUGCAAUCCGACCGGUUUAAAGGCGCCACAGUGUUUCUGCGUGACACACCGGCGAGGAAGCGCUAACGCACCCGAGUGAGAGGUCUAUGCCCACAUAGGUAUGUUUGUUUGGGGAGAGUGACUUUGUAAAACUAACUUUACUCAUUACUGAAAUAAAAAGUGGAAUGUAGCGUUCCAAUGAAUACAACCAACAAUAUAAAAGUGCCAUCUUACAUGUAGCAAAUUAUGGGUUGGCAAUAUUUACAAGAACACUUUUCAGUAUUAAAAAAGCUUAUUGUAUUAUCUAAAUAUAUGUAUAUUAAUUAAUUAAAACAUAUUAAUAUGUCUUUCUUCAAACAGCAGUCCACAAUCUAAAGAUAUGCAAACUAAAAGACAGCAAAAAAAGAGAAUAAGUCAAAAACAGUUCAAUGAAAGUUCCCAAAUAUGGAAUUUGGAUUAACUUAAUCUCUGAUUGACACCAUGCUUUGGCUGUAGAUUAAAGCGUAGCCCCACAGGAAAGUUGUUUUCAUUUACCAUAUGGCUGCGUAGAAGUUUUCUGUCUAAAUGAAUCUUCUCUUGCAGUGCCACAACUUAUUUUUGUCAUUUCCCCUUCUUAGUUGAGUACUUAAUACUUAAAACGUAUCUGUAUUAGAAAAAUGUAUAAUAUAGUUUCUGGUUACAGCUGACAAAAGCAAAUAAUUUAACCUCCAUGGGUUAAAAACAAAGACAUGUUUUCAGUUUUUAAGCAUAGUUGUGAAAUGUCCAAAUGAACUAUACAACAUGAGAUGGUUAUCUGCUUUAAACCUUAAAAAGGUUUUAAUCUGUAUUCUACUGUAAAUUUGACAGCCUGCGGGUAAUUAGUAUUGUAUCAUUCACUUAAAAGCAAAAACAAAAAUCUCUCAAAGCAAAUUGCAUUACAUUUCAUAUCUUUAUUGGUCAACUGCGUUCAUGGGAGCUGUGUUGUGGGGCACGCCGGUGAAGUCAUUAAGAAGCUUACAGACGUUCUGGCAGAUUAGGUUUUUCUCUUCUAAUCCUGCAGAUUACCAAUGCACAAGCCUGCCGACUGGGACUGCGUUGUUUUUUUGCGCUGCAGUUUCUUAACAUUGGUCAUUUUUGGUCGCUGCCGCAUCACUGGACUAUUGUAUGUAGCCCGGGACCGGCACAGGCGGUAGCAGGAGGAGGCCAAGAAGAAACAGAACAACCGAAAUCACAAAGCCUCCGGCGGGAAAAGCUUUUUCUAAAAGCUGUACACGAAGGCAGGAUUUAGGGAUGUCUUCUGAGUUGGAUUUAAUAUAACACAACAUGGGUUUGAACCUCAGGGAGAUCUUCUCUUUGGUUUGAGACGCUGAAGGUGGCAGAAGUUGGUUUCCCGACCGAACUACUACCAACCUGCGGCACCCGAGUGGAACAUUGGCUCCGACUAGCAGAAUUAUCUCUUUUGGAGGCUAAUGCAGGUGGCGUCCAUCGCUCUCGGCAGUGAAAUGGAAACCGAGCCGUGUAGUGGAGAGCGCGAGGAUCCUGCAGUGGAGCGUACCGUGUCUGAGGUUUACCAGCUCGCUGGUGGGGACAGUCCCGCCGAGCCGCCCUGCGGGCCUGCAGAGGACAGCAAGGAGCCGGCUGAAACGGAGAGCUGUGCAGGUGAGAGUGAGAACGCAGAGGCGAAAGCCCCCGCUGGUCCCGAGAAAAGUGGAGACACGGGAUGCAAGCAGCAGAGGAAACUGAAAAAAACAAACAGCUGGAAGAUGGUGAGAUUUCAAGAACCAUCAACAGAGGAUGAUGUCCUGGAGAGAGACAGCUCGGCGGAGAGUCUCUUCCCAGAGUGUGUGACUGCUGAGUGGACUUCCUCCUCCUUUGAAGACCUGUUUGCGGCAGACGAUUGGCAAGACAUCACAGAGGAUCGUCUGUUGAGGAAGAAGGUAGUGGAGUUCGGGGCCCCGGACACGCUCAGCCCCACCUGGGGCCAAGCGGUUACCGUGAAGAUGCAGUGUGUCCUGGAGGACCGCACCGUGGUGGAGAAGGACUGUAAGCUCGCCCUUGUUAUCGGAGAGGGAGAUGUUAACCAGGCCCUGGAGGAGUGUGUCAUGUCCAUGCAAAAGGGUGAGAUCACAUUACUCCUGGCGGAUUCUUUGUAUGCCUAUGGACUACUGGGACGGGAGCCUGAUAUUCCAGCCUGGGCUCCUUUACUCUACCAGCUCCAGCUGCUGGACGUCAGAGAGAAACCGGACCCGCUAACUCUGCCCGUCGCAGACCGCAUCCGCAUUGGCAACCAGAAGCGAGAGCGAGGAAACUUUCAUUUCCAGCGGGAGGAAUACAGCAUGGCUGUCAGAGCCUAUUCGAUGGCUCUGGAUGUGUUAAUCACAUGCGGAAGAGAUGGCGGCGAGAAGGUUGAGGAGGAGGAGGAGGAGGUGCGGGACUACCGGGUGAAGUGUUUGAACAACCUGGCCACCGCUCAGCUCAAGCUGGAGCGCUACGACGAGGCGCUGCACACCAGCCGGGACGUUCUGACCCUCGAGCCAAAUAACGUCAAGUCCCUUUUCAGGCUGGGAAAGCUCCAGUCAGAUAUGGGGGAAUACGAAGAGGCAAUGGAGGUGCUAAAAAGGGCCUUGAAACUGGAGCCGGCCACAAAGGCGAUCCACGUUGAGUUAUCUAAACUGGUCAAAAGGCAGUCAGGAGGCAGAGAUACUCAAGGGUGGAAACCUAAACCAGCGGAGCUGCUUGGAGAGAAUAUCACACCUUUUCUGAUUCCCUCGAAGAAGAAAGAAUCUGGAAUAUCCUGGAAGUUUAUACUCGGCGCGCUGGUUGUGGCCUUGAGCAGCUUAGUGACGUCGCUGAUCCUGACGGCGAGAAACUGACGUCGUCUGCAGGAUGAAAUGUUGAUUCAAGUCCUCAUUAAUUCAUUUGUAAAGAGUUUUUUUUUUUUUACUGUGAAGUUGUAUUUCUUGUAGGAAAAAGUUUUCAAAGAAAGGUGUCCAGUAUUAUUGAAAAUUGAGAUAGUAAAGCAUAAAUACCAGCAGAGAUUUCAUCUUUCCAGAGGUCUGUUUUAUUUGGAAAAGUGAUAAAAACACAACAAAAGUGAUCCAGGAACUUUUGUCAAGAAUGUAAUCUUAGUAAACAGACAUUUUUCAACAUCAAAAUUCUUAAAAUAUUUGAUCAGUGCUCCAAUAAUUGAAGGUUUCGAAACUGUGAUGUAAUCUCGAUCACGCGGAUGCUUAAUAAAAUUGUUAAAAAUGCAAAUUUGGUCGCAAAGGGGAACAUUCAUUUAAAAAUACUAUUGUACAUGAGUCUCAAAUAAAAUCUUAUUAUUUAUUUAAUUCAUGAAAUGACUACCAAAUAAAUAAAAAACCCUAAAGAAAAGUAAA